AGAUAGAAAUGCAGCUGAGUUGCAGAUGGAAGUGAUGGGCAGCAUUGCAGUGUGGCUAACUAAUAUUGGGGUGGUCCAAACUGGAGCCAUAGGGCUGCAUGUUGCAGGUUUUCUCAGUGCUUCUAUUUGUCUGCCAAGAUUUUGGCCUUUUCCUUCCAACUUGAAGCUCUGCUUCUGUGCAUCUCUAGUAACUAACUCUGGUGUAACACGUCCUGAAGACAUCAGUUGGGUGUGACCUGUGUUGGAGGGCUCCCCUGGGUUUCACAGCAGUUGUUCUCUGUCAGCUUAGUGGUGCUGAAUGGCUUUGGCGAGCAAUCAAGUAAGAUGCAGCAUUGGCUGCCUAGCUUGUGUCUCAGCUGAUGUAGUUACAGCAUCAUGUGUGCUUGCUUUUCAUUUCAGUGCCUGGAGAACCACACAGAGCACCAGAGGAAGGAGAGGUGAGAGGAGAGCAUGUUUGUAGCAGUUCCCCCUUCCUGGGAAAUCCAGCAGCACCAGCUUGCAAAUCUAGGCAGAACGUGCCUUGCUCCAUGUAGAAUCAAGUCAGACACAUCCAAGUGCACAUCUUGAAUGCUGUCAGCUGUAUAUUGCUGAGGGAAAAAAAAAAAAAAAAAGAAAGGAAAUUCACAAGUAUUAAAAAGACCUCCUAAUCCUGGAAGUCUGCGGCACGCCGUGUGUUUUGACUUACCCUGAGUUGUGAAGUGCUUUCUCAAGUAAGCCAAGUGACAACAAACAUCUUGGGUUCUAUAUUGGUUUUGGAAGUAAUUGAAAAAAGCUGUGUGUGGGGGAAAUUCUCAGUGACGUAAUAAUGUAAUGGAGGAGCAGUGUGCCUGUCUCACCUGUCCAGGAGCAAUAGGAUGUGGCUGAGUCCUGCAACCGCCAGCACAAGCAGCCAGCUGGUUACCUUCUGAAUGUAAAGUAGUGCCAGUGCUUCCAAAUUAGCUAAGAUAUUGUCAGCAGCAUGGAAAAUGCAGGAACAGGGUGCUCUGCCAGCAUGAGAACUGGGCUCUUCGUGCGGGGCGGGCAGCUCAUGGAAAAACUGAGCUCAGCUGCUGGGUGGAGACUGCACGAGGUCCCAACCUUUGCUGGUGACCAGGAAAGUAAGAGGGUUUGGUUGCUGGUGACCAGGAAAAAGAGAGCAGGGUUUGGUUGCUAAGGGAGGGCCCUGUUUUGCUUGUCUGCAGCCCCACACCGUGUGCCAGGAAGAGAUGACUCGCAGCGCCUGCUAUUGUUACUGCUGCAAAAUCUCUUUGGGUAAAAGGAGCUGCCCAGGGUUUUCUUCGUGGCUUGGUGGUUUCUUCCCUUCCCUCACCUCUGCUUCUCAAGCAGAAUCAGGAGAGCUGGAUGUGGCUCUGGGCAGCCUGGUCUGGCGGUUGACAACCCUGCACACAGAAGGGGGGUUGAAACUCGAUGAUCGUUGUGGUCCUUUUCAACUAUGAUCCUGUGCAGCUUACACCAGUGUCCUGAGCUCAGCUCUACCCAAGCCGACGCAGAUAGAAUUGCAGCAAAUUAGCGACAGUUGAGUGGUUUAUUUCUGAGAUGAUGGUUUGAAUGUCCAUACGUAAGCAUCUGCAUGUAAGCAUCUGUUCGUGUGCUUCCGGAUGUUAAUUCAUUGCUCAGAGAUGGAGCUCGGCUGUGCUGCCCAGAGGCCAUAGGCUAAGCGGGUGGUUGUGCUUGUUGCUGGUGUUUAUCUCCCUCCAGCAUAUCAAGGAAGCUGUAAGCUCAGCAACCGUUCUCCCAAUUGCUUUCUCUACAUAAACUGCUUAAGGGAAGUACGCUAUGUACAUAAGCCUCUUCACCAAAAAAAAAAAAAAAAAAAAAAAAAAAAAAAAAAAGCCAAACCAGCGUGAAUAGCAAUCAAUAGAAGCAGCAGCCAGCGUGCUGAUAACCGCCAAGGAAGCACGAAGCUCGUGUAGCUGUGACAUCGCUGCCGGCGGGUGCUGCUGACUCACAGCGAGCACCGGCAGCCCGCGGGCACGGAGCAGCGCUCGGACUUCGGCUCCGGGAAGUGCCGGCAGCGCGUUGUUCCCCGCGGGACGCCGUGCUGCUGCUUUAGCAGCAAGAACCUGCCGCUCUGCUCUGCGGAGACGUGUGGGGCUUUUCGUUUCUUUCAUGCGAAGAUCCAACUGCAGCCAUGCCGAUGGAAGCGGACUGCCUGAGCCCAGAGGCUCAGAAACUGGCUGAAGCAAGGCUGGCGGCAAAGCGAGCAGCACGGGCAGAGGCACGGGAGAUCCGGAUGAAGGAACUCGAGCGGCAGCAGAAAGAGCCUUCAGAGUACAGCUGUUACCUCGGUUCAGGAUCUCGGGCGUCCUCAAGAGCCAGCUCUGCUCGGGCCAGUCCAGUGAUUGAGGAGCGGCCAGAAAAAGAUUUUGAGAAGGGAGCACGUACUGUCUCAAGUCUAUCAGCAGCUACCUUAGCUUCCUUGGGUGGGACUUCUUCACGAAGAGGCAGUGGGGAUACGUCCAUCUCAGCAGACACAGAGGCAUCUAUUAGAGAAAUAAAGGACUCUCUAGCUGAAGUCGAAGAGAAAUACAAAAAGGCUAUGGUGUCAAAUGCUCAACUAGACAACGAGAAAACAAAUUUCAUGUACCAAGUAGAUACCCUGAAGGAUGCACUCUUAGAGUUAGAGGAACAGCUCGCAGAAUCCAGGAGGCAAUAUGAAGAAAAGAGUAAAGAAUUUGAGAGAGAGAAGCACGCUCAUAGCAUAUUGCAGUUUCAGUUUAAGGAAAUCAAAGAGGCUUUGAAGCAAAGAGAAGAAAUGCUUGCAAAACAUGGAAUAAUCCCAGAUUCUGACAUAGCCACCAAUGGGGAGGCAUCAGACGUUCUUGAUAAUGAAGGACACUUGGAUUCUUCCAAAACUGUUCAAGGCACAACACAGGCAUUAAAGACAACAGGGGACGGGAUGCUAGGCAAAGCCAAUGAAGUGGACAUGAAAAAUGAGAUUUUGGAGGAUGUGGGGAAAAGAGAAAUCUUGCAGAAUUCUGAGCGUGAGGAACACAAAGAGGAGUCUGAGGAACAGGAAGUACAGACAUUGCAUGCUGAUGAAAAUACAAAGGCAGAAAAAAUGAUUGAAGAAACUGACGCUCUGUCAACAGUGAUGUUACCAGAUAGUAGGUUUACAGAACAAAUUCAAAGCCUUACAGAACCCGUGUCAGGGAAUGCUUCUUCAAAUGAUGAUAGUGAUGCAGAUGAUUUGAGAAAGGAGACACAGUCAGCAGACACAGCAGCCCUGCAGCCUGUUAGCGAGGAGGUUAACAGUAAGUUAAACCCAAGGACAACUGAGAACUCAGAAAUGGGCUCACUGCAAGGUCAGGAUUUUGAGAGUCCUCAGGAAAUGCACAGUGACUUAGGUGCAGAGCAUGAACUGGAAAAAGCUGCUCCACAACAGGAAGAAGGAGAGGAUGUGGAAGCUAGCCAUGCACUGAGUCCUAAUGAGGUGGAGCAAGCAGCAGACAGUGCAGGUGACAGCAGUGAGAUGGUUUCUGGCCAGUCAGGGCUAGCAGAGCCUGUGCUAGCAGGCUCACAUAGUGAAGAGGUAAAGGUGGAGGGCCAUGCUGAAACACUCCAGUGCUCAGAAGAAAGUGCUGAAAACAAAGUUACAGAGGUCUUGGAGAAAGCUCUUGUUGAAAGCAAAGACUGCACUGAUGGAACAGCUGAUGAAACUGGAGGUGAUAGAGCUAGAGAACAAAAUGAGGUUGGGGGUGCAGUUCAGGGACAGAAAAUGAAAAGAGAUUCUACAGACUUAGAAGGGGAGGAGUCAUGUGAAAGUGGUGCCCCAUCAAAUACAAAUGAAGAGGGAGGAGAUCAGGCACACAUCCAGCCAGUUUCCUCAGAGGAUGGUGAGUUAGCAUUAUUAGAGGAACAGAAUACACAGGAGCAAACAGAACUUAAACCUGCUGAGAAAGAUGGACAGGAGGAAGUGUUGAUUGGAAACUUGGAGGUGUGUUCAGAUUCUGCAGAAAAGCAGGAGAAAGCAUCUGGGGAGUCUGUGGGCUCUGCUAACAAGGUAGAAGGAAAUGCACUGCAUAAGACAGAGCCAGAUACAGAUGCUGUGAAAGAAAUGGCAUCUCAGGAAACCAGUUUAGACCCAGCUUUUUCAGAUGAUGAAAUUGAGGAAAUAGAAAUGCGAACAGGAGAAGUGUCUGGGAAAGGAGAGGAAAAUAGAACAGAAUACUUAGAACAUAAUAGAACAGAAGACAUAAAGCCAGAGGUAGAGCUUCAAACAGUUCAGUGUGCUAAAGAAACAACAGGUGAUACAGAGGAUGAGGAGAAUAUUUCUUUAGAAAGUGAAGCACAGAAUGUAGUCAAGCAAGAGGAAGCUGAAUCUAAAGAGGAAUCCAUUGUAUGUCAUAGUGUAACUAGUGAGAACCAAGUUGGUAAAGAAGCAUUUAAAGAAAAUAAAAAGCAGUCAGAGCUUGCAGACCACCAGGGUGAUGAACUUACUUCUGUGGAAGAUGCAGAUAAUUCUCUUGCACAGAAAGCUGAGCUGGAUGAAAAUGUUAGUGAGCAACUUAGACCAGAGGGCCAAGUAGAGGAAGAACAAGAAGAUGAUGGUGAUGCAUUUGAUUUUGAUGAGGAUUCAGAACAGGCAAUGGAAACUGAUGAAAAAUGCGAUGGAGAAGAAGUUGAUGCACAGGGUGAAGAGGAUGACAGAACAAACAGUGUGAUCAGAAAAACUGCCCAACCAGGUGAAGCUGGAGAGAGAACUGGCAAAAUAGAAACCAUUGACACCUUGACUGAAGAUGACAGCUCACAGCAUGAGAAAGGAAAUGAGUCUGAAGAAACAGGGCACUUGCAAGAGGAAGCAUCAGCACUGAAAACUGACAAGAAGGCUGAUGAGUUGGCAGAUGAAAACAAAGCAUCAGAUUCUAAUGAUGUGGAAAAGGCACCAGGUGAAAAUGUUCUAGAACAGGAUUUGGAAAGUGCUGGCUGUAACAGGGCUGAAAGCAAAGAGGAUUUACGAGGUGGUAGGAAGGGCAAGGGUAAAUCUAAAGAUGACUGUACGAUGUCCUAAGUUCUGAAUUUCAGACCAUACAAAUUAGAAGCCAUUUGAUCAGGCUCUGUACCGAAGCAUGCACUUUGCACGAUAAAUCAGCCCUUAGGAAUAUAGGAAUACUCUUAAGGUGUUCAUUUUUUCCUUGCAGGUAGAUCUCUUAAUGCACUGUUUGGUCAUGUAAGUGGUGAUAAUGCAGAUAUUAAAUGAUUCACUGACGUACCUAGCCACAAAAAAUCAUCCAGAGGUUUGGUUUUGCUGUGUCUCAGGUUAAAUGUGUGUCACCAAACAAAGCAAGCUUCACAAAGGAACUGAUCAGGCUUUUGCAGUUAAAAUACUUCUAGUGCUGAUAACUGCUGCUGAGGAGCUUUUAUAUGAAAUUCCUACUUUCUAGCCUGGAAUAAAAGUAGAUUAUCUGAAUGUAUGUGCAAGAGGGCUACAGUAUGUUAAUGCUUUGUUAUGAAGGAACUCAAAAGAUCAGCAACACUUAGAUCUAAUGCUAGCAUUUGUUGCUGAAUGAUUAAAGCCUAGGAGCCCUUUUCCAUAGCAAGAAAAAGAAGGAAAAAAGAUAUCCUCAUUCCACUUUUUGUAUGUAUGUUUAUUAAAUGGACAUAUUCCAAACUAUUGGUAGAUCACUGUGAAUUAAGUCUCAACUUUGGAGGAACAAUAUAUGAUUUGAAGGAAAUGCAACAUAUGGGUUGCUGAAAGGAGCAAACACGUACGUGUUUACUUCAUCUAGGCACUUUGCACAACAGGCCUUCUGCACCAUGUCUCACAUGGGUUCUGUAUUUUUUUCCUAAGAAAGUGUCAAUACACACUGUAACAUGCUUAGGUUUGCUAUCCAAUACUGUACCUAUGAAUAUAUAAAUAUAUUUUUAAAACCAAAGCGUUUAAUAUUGCAUUCCUUACUGCAUUAUAUAUAUUUUUUGCAAAAUAUUAUGAAAGAAUGUUUUUCUUUGAAAAGUUCUUCCCUCCUCUUUUUCUGGAGAGAAAGUAACUCAGGAUGUCUUAAUCCUCAUGGAUGUCAGACCAAAGGCUGUUUUUCCAUAUAUGAGCCCCCGUGCCUUUUUUGGAAAGCUGGAUUACCUUGUAUUACUGGCAUCAAUGAGACACUUCAACCCAUUGAUGUAUUUCUUGCAUUUUUAUAGUGCUUGGCAGGAAGAUUGGGUUUUGCAUAAUUAAUAAUUAGCUUGAGGUUGUAUUAAGUGAUGAACAUGCAAAGGGAUGCAAGUUGAGGAGCUGGGGGGCUACAGAAGAUUCUAUCUGUUGAUGUUACAAAGUUGACAGAGUUCAAAUAGACUGCAAAAUUACAAGAUGUAUAUCAAAGUGUACUGAGCUGUAUAUAAUUAAAAUAAACAUAUUUUAUACUUCAAAUUGUCUGUCCGGAGCACUCUUUAUAAACUUGUAUAAAUAUUUAUUUAAAUCCUUCUCACUUCAAAAACAUUUUUCUAUAGCUUUCUUUUUUUAAAUGUAUUGCUUUGUGCUACAUAGAUGAUAGAGCUGUCCUGUUAGGAACAGGCAGCCUUUGAGGACGUUCAGUGUUUGAUGGGACCUUGGCUCUACACUUGUGACAGGACUGUAAGCCUGUAACCCUUUUCAUAUGGCUUCUUUCCAGCUUAGAGCAGCUACAGUAUGGUUUCUGUAAGUAUUAGCAGUUGUUCUUACUGUUACACUUAAUUCUAAGCUAAAGAGUCAUCGUUCUCUAGAGCAUCAUUUCUUAUUAUAUAGCAUUGUUUAAGUAAGAUUGUUUUCUUUGCAACACUCAACUGUAACGUAUGGUUUAAUGUUGAAAGUAUUCUAAAUGUAUGUAUAUUUAAAUGUUAAAUACAGUUAUAUAUCUAACUAAUUUCAUGCCAGACAUUGCCUAAACUUGUGGAUGGAUCUAUAAACAACUCUCAUUUAAAUGAGGCAUUUGCCAACAUUUCCUCUAUUUUUCAUAAGUUUGUUUUUAACAGGAGUGCUGCUUGACUGUUGAAGGGAAAUUAACGGAGACCUAUUUUUAACCAUUUUUUCCACUUCAGAAAAUACGGCAUCCUUAGAGAAGUCCCUCUGUAGAGCUAAGUCAUGGAAAGAAAUGACACCUCGAGCCUUAACUGUCCUUGUGCGUGCUCUCAUCCCACAGUACCUUGCCAAAUCUCAAUGAAACUAGGGCAGGAACAAGAACAUGGGGCAGGUGAUGAAGAACAGCUCAUGUAUCAUAAAUCUACCCAUGAAUGCUGCCUCUUGGAACCAAUCUCGGCAGCUGGUCCUUGCCUUCUGGAGUCAGACAGGUACCAGGAAGAAGGAGGUGAUCUUGGUGUUUCUAGCUCUUCGAUUUUUACUGGAAUCUUCUUUGUUGCUGCAGUGAGCACUGGUCGCAAUGUGGAGGACUUUCAUCUCUCAAAAUAACUUCAAACACUUGUUGGGUUCUGUGUUUGAGACCUAGGGGCACACAUAGCCUGGAGUGCCGGGUUUAUGCAUUACUGUGACUUCACAGCUAGCAUCAAAUGCUUUGAAAAGCAGUAGGUGAAAUAACUUUCAUAUUCAGCAAGUAACAGUGAAAGGCCUCAGUCAACAGUCCCUCUGAAAGAGUGGUCCUGCUGUCACCUUCAAAAUCUGUGCUGUAAAGCCAGUGCCUUCUAACUCUCGUGCUUAUCCUCAUGCUUGCUCAUGAACUUCCCUCUUCUGGGCAAGAGUGGAAGGCAUUCUGUUCUAUUAUUAUUCUUUUAUUAAAUGAUGCAGUAUAAAUUGAUGGCUCCAGAAUAGUAGUAUUGUCCAGCCUGUUGUUGGAUCCCUGCAAGCUGAUUGGAAUAGCUGCUUGAAACUGCUGGUGUGUUUUCAGGGGUUGCAGCCUUUGCUGCUUGCCUUCCCAUCCUCUAAGGACAGCUUACCCUUUUCAGCUGCACUGCCAUUAAUUACUUGGUAGACCAUGCAAAUCAUUCAAGUUAUCAACAGCUGCAUCCCACUGCACGCUGUCCUCAAUGUAAGAAGAGGCAGCAGGUAUCUGUGGGUGAUUAGGGAAUAUUAGCUCAGCUUUGCCACUGAAGCAGCACAGUGAGUCAGCUGCUUUACCAAAGCAAUGACAAUGGUCGUGUGGCUUCAACGAGCCUGUGCAAUGGCAGAAAACACUGGUAACCACAGAGCUGCCACCAUCCCACCUGUCCUGUUCUCUUCUCAAAAAGAAUGGCACUGCGCCCUACUUGCUGUGACCAGCACCUGUCCUUCUGUUAGGCAGGAAUAUUUCACCCCACAGCAGCAGCUGUGCUAAUGAGUUAUUCAACUCUUUGGAGUCCCUCAAGUGACUUAAUGAUUUUCUUCUGCAUCAGUCCUUGUUCUCUUUGUCUACCGUUAGUAAUUCCAUUGCUUUAUCUCUGAUGAGCUCUGGCACCAUCGCUUAUCUGAGUAUCUGUGACCUUCCUUUUCCUGUUUGCUCUCCUUGCUUUCGUUACUGGACUUCAUUUUCCUUCCCUGUCAUCUUUUUACAGGAUUUGUCUUCAGCCUCUUUCCAUAUAGAUAGAUGAAACUGUUUUCUCAUUUUACACUUGGUAUUUUUUUCUCGUUAGUUUACAAAAAUGUAAAUGUAUUUUUUGUCUUGUGACAAUGUUCACGUGUGAGAGCGCUGGGUGUGUUACAAACAGCUGUGAAAAGGGAUAGGACUUGAGGAGGUUCAAAAUGAAUGCACAGAGCUGCUGUACUGGGAUGUUAUGUUGAUAUCUGUAUUUGGGUGUCGCAUCUGAAGUCAAGGUAAAGGUUUGAUUCCAAGCUCUGGAAUCACUGCUGAUAUGGAGAACUUGUCUAUGCAGGAGGGGAGUGACUUACCAUGUGCAGUCCAUGAGCUAUUCGUUACGUCUGUCAGCAUGAGCUUCAUUUGAAAACUUGAGCUUUCCCCACGACGUGAUUGAAUACAGACCGUUUAUUCCCUUAAUUCCUUGUCUUAACAAGAAAACAAAAAGGUCAGCAAGAAAACAUUGGCCUGUUCAGGGUUUAACAAUAAAUGAGGAUGACAGCAUGUUGUGUCUUUAAAGCUUUUCAAAAAUACUUGUCUACCGCCAUGAAAAUCCAACCAAUUCACCUGGUAAAAACCAACAGCCUUCAGUCUGUAACUGAUGAAUUGCUUUCCUUACCUUUACAAGUGUCUUUUUUUUUUUUUUCAUGUAUGACCUUUGAAUUUUAAUGAUUGAGCAGCUAACAGGCAGGACCUUAGAGGUGGAGUUGAGCACGCUCACUGCCUUGGUUCUGCACAGUUGACUGCCUGCUGGCAAGGGAGGGAAACUAAAGAAAACUGCAACAAACGUGUGUGUCAAACCUAAAUAACUGCAAUAAACAUACACGUGGAGUAAGACUUAUCUGAGGUCAGUAUAUCCUCUUCUGAUAAGAAUACUGGAAGAUGAUGUUUGGUGUACUUUUGUUGAGAUGACUGAACACGCUCAGGCUGUCAAUUAAUGAGGUAGAGCGACUUCAGUUAUCACAAAAAAUGUGAGUUAUCAUUUGCUGCACACAGUACCUGCUAAAAUACUUUCACGUUUUGCAUUUCUAGGAAAGAAGAAACAAGUGAUUUGCUUACUCACUGCUGUUUUCCAGUUGUCUCAUUCUGUACUGCUCUUUAUUAAACAAUGCCACACACAUCUGUUUGCUGAUUUGCUGUACUUCCAAGUUCAAGUCUAGCACAGCGAGUCUAGAUUGCCUGUUACCUUCUUGAUGUUUGACUGUGAAGGGUUAAAGACAAAUGAAUGCUUUACCAGGCUCUUGAGUUUGAAAUAAAAAUAAUUUCAUGGAUAAAAGUUUUAUUUGUCAUAGUACUGAAGAUAACGUAAUGUCAUUGUCACGCUGUUUAGUUUUCCUUUUGAAGUGAGGAUUUUCAGUGCUGAGAAUGUGCAUAGCUAUGAUUAGAGGUGUUUGUGGUGUUUUCAUUGUGCUAAACUGUAAAGAUUUGUGAGAUUUUGUGUUGCAGUUGUUGUGUUUGACCCUAGAGUUCUUGCAUGCUAACCUAAUGUAGAAGAUUAGCCUCUUUGCAUGCAGUGGGUGCCGUGACAAGCAUGCUCUGUGAGAAUGACAUAACCUCCCCUGGCUGCAGCCCCUUCCCAGUCCUGUUGUGGCCUCAUUUCCCGUGAAAGGCUGAAAAAACUCAUUGGUGAACGAGAGUCCUUACUAGACCAGGUUAAAAAAUUAAAGGGACAACUGGAAGAAAAGCAGAAGAAUG